GGAAAAGGUUGUCAUCAGCCAUCCGUCAAUCAUCCUCUUUCUAUCUGUUCUGCCCAACGUUUUUUGUCCAUCGCCUGACCAUCUUGUUCAAAACCCUUGGACCAUCAUAGUAGAGCUGGCAAGCGCACAGUAUAUCAGGAUGACCACCUUGCCCCAGCUCCCCUGCAUGGCUUCACAAAAGGCAUGAGCAAACAAUCUUUGACGAUAAUAACCAAAUGAACGAUUUCCGUCAUCCAUCAAAUCUUGAGAGCGGCGGCGGAAACAUGAGACGUUUAAACCAGUUUCUUGAUUGAGACACGUCGCACUUAUAACGCACAGCAGAAGAGAGAUCUAAAGGACAGCAGCCCUCCAGGUUUUACAGUCGUCAAGAGCUCGUUCUUGGAUUCCUCUGUGUGUGUGAUCGAGAGCAAUCGAUACUCCACCAGGGAAUAACGUGACAGUGUAAGUGGUAGUAUUUGGCACUGCCGGGUGGAUCCCAAACUACUCCGAUGUUUUGUAUCUCCCUUUUCCCGGUCUCAACCAGAUAUUACCCUUCUGCAGUUAUACAGUGUACGACAGGGCAUCAAUCUGGUAUCUGGUGCCUCCCCUUUACACGUGGCUCAACGGUGGCCAUUUACAUAAUUAUAUCAGCAAGAGACUAUUCAAGGAGCCCAGCAACCGAAAUGCACGUCCUUGAAUGCGCACUUGGAGCUGAGCAAUAAAGGAUUGUCUUUCCGCGACACACGCAAUGCAGGGUCUCGACACUCGAUCAAAGGAAUGCUGUUUUAUCUUCGGAUGGGUGUAUGGUGAUAAACGAGCAAGCAGGCAGCAGGCAGAGGCUCUUCUUUCACCCUCAGGUCUUCAACACCGUCUCUUGUGGCUUUCUUCGAUCCUUUGCAUUUCUCAUCCCACUUUUCAUUAUCUAUACAAGUCUUGCCCUAGCUGGCCUAGACUUGUCUCUAUCAAGAAGCACUAGGGACGCCCGACAACAUUCUUUACACAUUACGCUCUUUCUAAGCGCUGCAAAAGGACGAGCUUCGAACUUUGCAUAUAUGAGUCCUAUCUUGCUUAUCACGAUAACUCUUUCUUAAAAGAUUAAGGACACUGCCUGGCGUAAUGUUCUCGUCUACCACUCCUCUUUUCGUCGCCGCGAUGGCUCUCGCUCUUCCUGCUACGGCCGGAACUAUUUUUACCAAGUCCAACGCUGCGAUGACUUUCUAUUAUGACGUUUCCGAAGGCACCUCUAGUUCCGAGGCUUGCGGUUCCUCGGCCGAUGAUCCCGUUCAAUCUGGUUGGGCUACAAGUUCUGGUAUCAAUGGGGGUAUUCCAUACUGCGAAAGGAGCCGUGGCUACUCCCUGAAAGAGAUCGAUACCAAUAACAUUGUCGCCUUCAACUCGGCUUUAGUUGCGGCUAAUCCAGCUAAAUGGUGUGGCCGGGAGGUUAAGAUUUACAACGCCGAUGGUGGUGAAUUCGCAUACAGCGGAGGUAGUCUCUAUAUAUGGGAUGGCUGUGAUGCUUGCUCUAGCUCCGACUCAGGUAUUCUUGACCUUUCUGCUCCCACAUUUGUGGAACUCAAGGGCGGUACUUGUGCCGGUAACAACCCUACAGGCUUGACCUACGAAGUCUUGGAUAACUACAUAGUUAAUCCCUCUGUCGGUCUUGGGUCUGGUUACUCUGAAGAGGUAGGCAGUGAUGACAUGGGCGUAGGUUCUACCACCGCCGCAGCCUCUGGCUCUGCCGUAGCUGUUACUUCUGCCUCUCGUCCCGUCGUCACAUCUGCUCAAUCCGAAGUUGUGAUUUCUGCCCAGCAAACAGCCACCGCCACCGCCAUUCUCAGUCUCCAAUACUCAUACUCCUCUGUGGUUCAAGGCACUGACAUCAGCCCUUUUUCUACGGAUGAGAUCGCCCUAGUGGCUGUGGAGACGGAUGCUAAUAGCGCGGGAAGCAGUGCCCUUGAUGCAGUAGAGACGUCCGCAGCUGCUACCUCAACAGGUACGGCAUGUGGGGAUAGUACCUGUGCGUUUGGUGCUUGGCAAUGUUCAGGCUUAGAGCUGCAGAUCUGCAACUAUCUCACGAUCGAUUCACUUGGCUGGGAGACGAUUGAAACCUGUGGCGCAACUUGUUUGAUUACGAAUAGCGGUUCUGUCGAUUGCGAGUAAUUUAUAUCCUCACGAACACCAGUUGUUUGAUCUCUUUUUUACUCCAUCUUCUCAGCGAUUUGCAAGUCAUCUAUCUUUUCUUAUUAUCAAUGGUAUGUAUUUCGCUUGAAGC